AAACCACCCCCUUUACGCAGAUGCUAGAUCGAACGGUGCAUAUGCGCAAUGAAGGGAUGAAAACAAGACCGCAAGUUAAGGGAUGAAAAUAAAAUGAGAUAAGAUCAAAUUAAAUAAUAUGUCAAGAUUAUCGGUCGCUCAAAUUCAAAAUAUUCUUUCGAGCGUUGCACCUAAACAUGAACAUUUUUUAUACGAAAUAGAGACAUCAAACAAUAAUAGUAUAAGCCUUAUUAUCAGGGCAAUUUAUGAUGGCAAUGAACAUGAAAAAUUUCUGGAGAAGCUCGAUGAGCGCAUCAAAGCUCAUGACAAAGAUAUCGAAAGAAUGUGUAAUCAUCAUUAUCAAGGAUUCAUCGAUUCCAUUCGUGAACUUUUACAAGUUCGCUCCCAAGCACAACAACUUAAUGCAGAAAUAUUAGAACUUGACAAAUGUAUAACUGCCACUUCUAGUAAGGUAAUUGAAAAAGGAGAAGAACUUGUACGGGCACGUAAAGUAGAAAGUAAUAUGGCAGCUGCUGUAAACAGUCUCACUAUGUGCCUUCCUGUUUUGGCAGCUUAUGCAAAACUACAAAAGCAAUUGAAAGAUAAACGUUAUUACCCAGCUUUGAAAACUCUUGAGCAACUGGAACAUCAUGACCUUCCAAAAGUUACAAAUUAUAGAUUUUCUUCCCAAAUAACUCAACAAAUUCCACAAUUGCGUGAAAACAUAAAAGAUGCUUCCAUGUCAGAUCUGCGAGAUUUUUUAGAGAAUAUAAGAAAACAUUCGCCAAAAAUUGGAGAGGUUGCUAUGCGCCAUACUGCUGAACAAUUGGUUAUUGAAGCUGAGAUUAUUGGACGGAAAAAGAAAAAAUCGCAUACGUAUACAGAAUCUGGCGACGGAGAAGAAGAAUUAAGCGCGCAAGACUUAAUGGAUUUUAGCCCGGUAUAUCGUUGUAUGCAUAUUUACACUGUUCUCCGUGAAGGUGAAACGUUUAAGACUUAUUAUAGAAACCAAAGAAAGCAACAGGCUAGGCUUGUUUUACAAGCUCCCAUUAAUAUGCAUGAAAGUUUAAUCGGAUAUCAGGCUUACCUACAUAGUAUCGUUGGCUUUUUUGUGGUGGAAGAUCAUAUUUUAAAUACAAGUAAUGGAUUAGCUACUCAUUCUUAUUUAGAAGAAUUGUGGACUAUGGCUUUACCUAAAAUAAUCAAUUCACUUAGAACACAUUCAGCAUAUUGUACAGAUGCGACGUUGAUAUUAAAGAUAAAAAACUUGAUAAUGCUUUUUAAUACAACAUUAAGUAAUUAUGGAUAUCCCGUUGGACAACUUUGGGAUUUACUACAAGAAAUUCGUGUACAUUACAACGAAGUUCUUAUGCAACAUUGGGUUCAAGUUUUUCGAGAUAUUUUAGAUGAGGAUAGUUUUUUACCAUUACAGGUCACAUCACAAGCAGAAUACGAAAGCAUUCUUAGUUCUUUUCCAUAUCAUGAUGAAGAAUUACAAAAGGCCAAGUUUCCUAAAAAAUUUCCAUUUUCAGCCAUGGUACCAAAAGUCUAUCAACAAGUUAAAGAAUUUAUUUAUGCUUGCUUGAAAUAUUCGGAAGAUUUAAAUUUUACGCAAGCCGAAAUAGAUGAAAUGAUUUGUAAAUCAACGAAUUUGCUUUUGACAAGAACAUUUAGUGGAUGUUUGUCGUCAUUAUUUCGAAAACCAUCUUUAGCUCUAUUACAAGUAGUUCAAAUUAUAAUAAACAUGGGUUAUUUGGAAAAGUCUACAAAAUACUUGGAAGAAUUUGUUACUAAUAUUACUGGAACACAACACGAAGGACAAUUAAGUUGUGUGGGAGACAAAUCUGCUAUGUUUAGAGUGGCAAGGGAAGACGCGGAAACGCAGAUUUGUGAAAAACUUGAAAAGAAGUUGGACGAAUUUUUGGAAUUAGAAAAUUAUGACUGGAAUUUGUCUGAACCUCAAGGCCAUGCUUCUGGAUUCAUUACAGAUCUCAUAGCAUUUUUACAAAGUACAUUUACAUGUUUCACUAAUUUACCAGAUGAAGUUGCACAAGUUGCAUGUAAAUCAGCUUGCGAUCAUAUAGCAAAAGCUAUAUUAGAUAUAUUAAUUAGUGAAGAUGUAAAGCAAAUAUCAAUGGGUGCACUUCAACAAGUCAAUUUGGAUACUAUACAAUGCGAACAGUUUGCUGCUUCAGAACCUAUUGUCGGUUUACCGGAAGGUACAUUAUUGCAAUAUUUCAGUCAAUUAAGACAAUUGCUAGAUUUAUUUAUGGGUUGGGAUUGGCCAACCUAUUUUCAUGACUAUGGUCAUGAUUCGAGCAAAUAUAACUUAGUAACUCCAAAUAUGGCUGUGAUCUUAUUAGAGAAAUUGAAAGAAUCUGAUAAAAAAACAGUAUUUUCUGUACUGAAGAAAAGUGAGAGAGAUAAGAAAAAAUUGUUAGAAACUGUUUUAAAGCAAUUGCGUCAAUUGGCACAGACUACUCAACAAUAAUAACCCACUAAAAUUGAUAUAAUAUAUCAAGUGAAUUAUAAAUAUAGAUUAUACUUUUGUAUAUAAUAUAUAUAUAUAUAUAUAUAUAUAUAUAUAUAAAUAUAUAUACAUAUAUACAUAUAUAUAUAUAUAUAUAUAUAUAUAUAUAUAUAUAUGUAUGUAUGUAUAUAUAGAUAUAUAUAUAUAGAUAGACGUACAAAACUUUUUGCACAGUUUUGUAUACAUGAACGUACAAAAUUGUGCAAUACCGUUAAUUUUAAUAUAAUAUUUACUAAUUUAUUGUAUUAAAAAAUUAUAGAGAAUUUUAGUUUAAUUUAUACCAAGUAGACAGGUAGAACGAUAAAUUUGAAUUAUGUAAUAAAAUUUCAAAAUAUAAAUUUCGUAUAUACGCGAACGUAAAUGUUAUUUUCUCCAAUGUGCAAUUCCUAGUUAUGUAGUUUAAACUAUUCGACGCAUAUAGCAUAGCACACAAUUAAUACAAUUAAUAAAGGUUCACCUUUUAUUUUCUUUUUUUCUUACUAAUAAUAUUAAAGUAAUGUGCUAUCGUAAAAAAUACUACACAACAGUAUCUGACGUAACUGUAUCGGUAUUCAUAUAUUAUAUUGUAAAUAAGAUACAAUGUACAACAACUCUACAACGAAUAAAAUCCCAAUUCCUAUCUUGUGAAUGUAA